AAGCUUAUGGUUAGGUUGUUACGCACACUAGCGCGUUGAUGCGCGCACGGAUUCGAAAUCGCGAUGUCGGAAAAAGUCCGGCAUUUACCGGUAUCGAUUUUCCGGACACAAUUUUCCGGAUAAACAAUCGAAUUCGGAUGGGAGUGAAUGACGCAUGGGGGUUAGACUGUCUCUUAUGAGUGAAAACUUUUCAGACUAGCUUAAUGGAAAACUUUCGCUACAAAUCGAGUGGUUACUUGUGAAUGAAUAGUAAGUUUGAAAGUGUAUGUCGUUUCAUUAGUAUAUCGGAUAGUCCUUGUGUUGACAUGUGGAUUGAAUGCAUCUGUAACGAAUGGACAAAUAGCUUUAUAAAGCCUGUGACUUGUGAGUUUUUAUUUUGAUUAACUGUGAAGUGCAGUUGCAGCUCAAUCUCGUCUGGGCUUAAAGGUAGGAGAUCAAAAAGAAAAUGCUUCGUUGACAGUAAGAAACAUGUCAUCUAAACGAAAAUCGCCACCGUCGAAAUUGCAAGACGGCUCCGCCGAGACUGAAAAAUCCGAAGCCGGCCCGGCUAAUCUAGACUUCUCCGACCACCAAGAGUCAGACGACAACGAGCAACAGAACUACUACAAAUUCUCACCAAGCUCCUCAACAAGAAGCUCAAUCAGUGAGGAAGAUCCUUCGAACUUCGAAGACGAGCGACCCACCAAGAAACAACGAUUCGAACAAUCAUUAGACAUGACAAACAAUCUUCUAGUCCCAUCGUCUUUCCUUAGCCUGCACCAAGUCAAUGAUCUGCAAGCGAGAAGACGCGGCUCCUCUGAAUGCAGUAGUCCUGGUGCCGAAGCGAAAGUUUUAGGACUAUGCAAUAAUAACAAUUCAUUACUGAAUCAUAAUAGUGCGUUACUACUCGCCCCGCCUCAUAAGCGGUCGAUGGAUGAUGUUCUGAAGAGAUUAACGUCUAAAAUGAAUAAUAGCACGAUUAAAGAAGAGAAGCGGCCCACGCCGUCUACUACACCGGUCAAACAAAACAACGAGCGGCGAGGCGUGCUUGAAUCUGCGGCAUUGCAGGCGCUAGCGGGGGACAGUGUGCUGGAGAAGGAGCGCCAACUGUCCGAGAUGAUCCUGCAGCUGCAGAUGGUGCGGGAACAGCUGCUAGCGCAGCAGGAACAUGCUAAGAACAUGGGAAAUAUGUCAGCGGAGAUGGAGCUGCAGAGAUUGCAGCAAGAACACCUGCGACGUCAGGAGAUGGUCCGGCGCAACCAGCAUAGCAACCAGCACAACCUGUAUGCAGGACAUCCUCUAGGCCUGUUGCCGCUGUUAGAGCAGAUGAGACCGCAGCCGCCGCAAGCGCCACCUAACGUUGUCCAAGCGUCUCCGUGGCCAGCGACUGCACAGUUAGCGCAGUUGACUGCAACAGCGCGCUCACCUCCCCCCGAUCCAGACGCUCCCUUGAACCUGAGCAAGCAACGUUCGCCGUCACCUGCACAGUCGUCUAUCAUGCUGCCCCGGUUCGUGCCCUACCCGCCAAUGGAUGAAAGCCCACAAUACACUAUGCAGAAGGACGACGAUUUCAAUGCGUCGUGUAAUACGUCAUCGUGGGGCCAGUCGCCACAAGAGGAAACGGAGAAAGCAAAGCUGAUCAGACAACCGAAACGAGACGAGUCCGGAAAACCGCACAUCAAGAGACCUAUGAAUGCGUUUAUGGUGUGGGCCAAAGACGAGCGUCGUAAGAUACUGAAAGCCUGCCCCGAUAUGCACAACUCCAACAUAUCCAAGAUACUAGGAGCCAGAUGGAAGGCGAUGUCCAACGCUGAGAAGCAGCCAUAUUACGAAGAACAAUCUAGAUUGUCUAAAUUGCACAUGGAAAAGCAUCCUGAUUACAGGUACCGGCCAAGACCGAAGAGGACUUGUAUAGUCGACGGCAAAAAGAUGCGAAUAUCAGAAUACAAGAACCUGAUGCGCACGCGCCGGCAGGAGAUGCGCCAGCUUUGGUGCCGGGAUGGCGGCAGCGAGCUCGGCUUCUUGCCCACUCUCCCCUCACCUGGACCUUCCAACACUUCCCCACCUCCCAAUGGUGGGAACUACAUGAACCCCGCGUUUUCUCCUCCGCUAUCGCCGAGGGAGGAAGAUUGAGGUACGGCGCGCGGCUGGCCUUACCCGCACGCCGCGCCCCUCCCGCUGCCUCCCUCCCACCACCCCUGGUAACGUGAGAACCGAGCGAAGUCUCACUGGAAUCUCACUGAUCAUUUCGUUCUAGUUCUCCCCUCACUUUUUAAAUAUAAUUAGAUCGAAAGUGAUCAUUGUAACUGUGCUAGAAUUAUCUAUUUAAGUACCUUCUUUAGGUAUCACCAGUAUAGGUUGUCUUUAAUGCCAGUGUUGCAAUCGGAUCUCUCUUUUAUACAAAUAUCUAAUAAUUAUGAGAUUAUUCCAUUAGUGGUUUAAGAAAAUCCUAGGGGCACUUUAUCCUUGUAAUCGUUUUUAAAUAUUUAUUAUCUGCGCUCGUCUAUUCUUUGAAUCAAGUGCACUAAAAUAAAACGUAAUGUGCCAAUCACGUAGGUAAUAAACCAUCUAUUAGAAAAUUAGAUAAACAUUGUAAAUAUAUAUAUAUUAAGUCAGUCGUUUUAUCGAAAUAUGUAUAAUAAGUCUGUAUCUGACGGCUUUGUCUUUGUAAAUAAGCACGAUUCUUGUAGAUAGUUUUAGGUAUUUCAAUAUUUUACAUUCAAAUUACAUUUACAUAAUAAAUUAUAUAUAAGAAGGUAGUAUCUCGACAUAACGUACUAUCGUGUGGCCAUGUAUAAAUUUUAAUUAAACCCUAAUCUACCUAUAUGUAAUAUUUAGAAUCUCUAGUAAUGUAAUACUAAAAUGUAGCAAACCAAAAAUUUGAAGCGGAAUGCUUGAAAAUUUAUGUGUUUAGAACACAAACUGAUUUACUGUAUUCAAGAGCGUUACAUACAAUUAAAUACUCAGGCUUCUCUAAAAGAUUCUAAGAGCGGGCGCACACCUUGGACUAAACUAUCGCACAACUGGUGUGCGACUGUCGAUUGUUUCGCAGUGAAUUCAACUGUUUAGUUGCAAAACAAAAAAUCGAGUAGAGUGCGACUAAACAGUUGUGCGAUUGUUUAGUUUGAGGUAUGCGCAAGCUCUAAUUGUGCCCUUAAUCGGAAUGUAUUUUAAUCAAUUACGAUAAAAUUAGCACGAAAUUAUGUAAUCUGUAAUCAUAAAAAUGCAGUGUUGCCAGCUGGCAGUCAAUCUGACAGUUGUUAAUUUGAUUAAAAAGAUCAAAUUACCAUUGAUUUUUAAAAAAACCCACCGUAAAUGUGGGUUAUCUAUACACUAUCAAAAUCAAAUAUUCGCUUUAUCGAAUCGUGCAAUUUAAAUUAGUAGAAAUAGUCGCUAAGCUAUAGUAGAACAAGCAUAAUAAAGUAGGUACAUAAUAGUAGAUUGGUAGAAAAAAGUGUACAGAUUAUGUAGAAUGGGACGCGUUUGAUCGAUGUUGAUUGCCAUUUAGUUUUGUUAUUUAUUUUUGUAAUUAUAUUUCUUUUUUGUUUUCUUUUGUGAUGGUGAACACGCCUGUUCGUUUAUGAGAAUUGUUUUUACUGCAUGUUAUAAAGCCGAUUUUAGUGCCUGAUACUUUGUAUAUGGCAACAUUUUUGUAAAUCAAACGUACAGAAUGACCAAGUUAUCUUUGACAGGAGUGGCGCCACUGUCGGUGAAACGCUCCGCUGAUUGGAUGACACGAUAGAUUCCAUGACAUUUAAGCGCCAUUUCCACUUAAGAUAUUCGCGAGAUUUUAGGCGCAUGCGCACAUUCUAUGUAUAAUAGCGAUCGCGUCAGUGAAAAGUAAAUGGGUAAAUUGGUCAGUCUGUAAAGGUGUAGUUUUGUUGAGUAUGGUGUGGUCACCUUGUUAUCGUAUGCCAGUAAUAUAUCAGAUGUGAGGAAUAAUGUUAGAAUUGUAAGCGUAAAUAAAUUAUUGUGUACGUGAAAUUUAAUCUCUUAUUACGUAGCGUUUAGUAUUACAUAGUUAAUGUGUAAGGUUUUAAAACAGUGGCGUUACAUUAUUUAUUUUUUAUGUUGAAUCCAUUUGUAAAUAUGUGACAUGUCGAUGAAAACGUUAGUAUUUGUGGUUAUUUAAACGAUACUUAAUCCGUAUGCGAAUCGCACAGAUCUCGUUUCGAAAACAAUGUUAUUUAUUUAGCCGUCAUAGUAACGGGACAUUUUAUAAUCUGUAAAAGUACCUUACACCUUGCCAUAUAUUUACAUUUUGUAAAUGCGAAUUGCCUACUUAAAUUAAUCUAUACACAGUACUUUUUUCUUGUACUUAAAAUUAUAUCUUGUUAGUUUAUUGGUUUCAACUUACGCUUUUUAACGAUUUAAAAUUAUUUUGUUGAAUUUUCCCGUAUAGCUCUGCGAGCAAGUAGAUGAAUUUUAGGUUUUAUUACCUAGCAGGUAUAAACCAGGUCACAUUAUUCAAAAAUUGUGCCAAAACUCAAAAGUUUAAUAAAAAGUAAAUAUUUAAAA